AUGCUGCCGCAAUUCUCAAACGUCUUCCUCGUCUGGCUUUCCAUCUUUGACAGAGCUAUCGCCGCACCGAAACUGGCUGCAGAUCGAUACUCCAUCAAAGAGCGUCACAAUGUACCUCUCGGUUGGAGAAAGAUAGGUGCUGUACCAGAUUCCCAUUCAAUCAACCUUCAUAUUGGUCUCGCACAAAACAACCAAGCCGACAUCGAAAGACAUGCUUUGGAAGCCUCGAAUCCAUCUCAUCCAGGCUAUGGCCAGUACCUCUCAGCCGGAGAAAUCCAGAGGCUCAUUGCACCCUCAGACGAGACUGUUCAGAUGGUUUCUACCUGGCUUGCAGAGCACGAUAUCACAGCUGCGAGACUCAGUCUGUCCAAAGACUGGAUCACUGCCAAUGUACCUGUUCGAAAGGUUGAAAGCCUUUUGAACACUACCUAUUCUGUGUAUCAACAUCAGGACGGUUCGACAUUGAUCCGAGCACCUGAAUGGUCAUUGCCACAAGCCCUUCAUAAUCGCAUCGACCUCAUCCAGCCUACAAGCUCAUUCUUCAGGACCUCCAAGCUUGCAAGUGACGCAAUGCCAGAGCGAGGUCCAAUCAAAUGGCACAAAUCUUGGAAUCAAGGCACGAACUUAGACGGAGACAUUGUCACUGCUACCAGUCUCGACUGUCUACGUUGUCUCUAUGGCACACUCAGCUAUGUACCGAAAGUUCCUGAUCGAAACAUGAUCGGCGUUACAAACUAUCUGAACGAGACUCAAGCGCGUUCUGACCUAAGAUUGUACCUUGAGAAAUUCCGUCCAGAAGCUGCAGGCGUUGCCGACACAUUCCAGAACGUCAAAAUUGCAGGAGCACAAGACAACCAAGUGUUGAAUGCUGAACAACUUGAACUUGGAUACAAUCAGGAGGGUGAUCUGGAUGGUGAAUUGGCUAUCGGUAUCAGCUGGCCAACUUCUUUCAUGUCUUGGUCAACCGGCGGAUCGCCACCUUUUGUACCAGACCUGGCUAGUCCUACAGAUACUAACGAGCCUUAUCUGGACUGGCUGACGUACGUACUUGCACAAGACACUUUGCCACAGGUAAUCAGCACUUCAUAUGGAGACGACGAACAGACAGUACCGUACUCAUAUGCGAAAAGAGUUUGCGACGGCUUCAAGCAGCUCGCAGCUCGCGGUAUCUCUGUACUGUUCUCUAGCGGCGACUCUGGCGUGGGUGCUGAUGGAUACUGCUUUUCCAACAGCAAUGUUUCACAACCCACUUUUCUUCCUGAAUUCCCUGCAACCUGCCCUUGGGUUACCACCGUAGGCGCGACUGCAAGUUUCGAGCCCGAGGUGGCAGUAUCUCGCUUCGGCAGCGGUGCUGGUUUCUCGAACUACUUCCCCAUGCCAGACUACCAGAAGGCCGCUGUAGAUGGCUACCUCGACAAGAUAGGCGACCUGUACGAAGGGCUUUACAACCGUUCUGGAAGGGCCUACCCAGAAGUUGCAGCGCAGGGUAACCACGAUAUCAUCGUCUGGGCAGGCAAUGUGACCACGAUUGGCGGUACAAGUGCAUCAGCACCGACUUUCGCAGCUGUUGUUGCAUUGGUCAACGAUGCACUCAUCGCAGCUGGCAAACCACCUCUUGGCUUCCUCAACCCUUGGCUCUAUGGUGGAGCUUUCGCUGCUCUUACCGAUAUCACUGAGGGAUCUUCCAUCGGCUGUAAUACCAGCGGAUUCCCUGCCGAGGUUGGUUGGGAUGCAGUGACUGGAUUUGGAACACCAGUAAGUCAAGCCUUGCCAUCAUCAUUCGCCCUCUACUGA